UGUUAACCCUUCUUUGUUAGGCUUUAUGGAAGACCGACGCACUGUUUUUUCUCGCAUUUUUACCCCGAAUACCUUCAAGAUGCCCCCCGUAAAUCAAAAGGCAUAGCAACAAACACACCCCGGUACACGUUAGUGCCCUUUUGCAAACCUUUUUUCCAGGCAAGGCGCAUAAUCUUUCCCGCCCGAAAGCGACAACGUGGGGCAACCCACACCUCCCUAAAUUAUCGAUUUCUCGCUAUAACCGGGCCACUGAACCCCGGCGGCAAAACAAAAUCAAAACAAUCUGGUCGUCCUAAUUUCCCCCCCACGGGAAAGAAAAUUAACCAACUAACACACUUUCCGCCGGAAAAAUGAUCGAUUGUGUAGCAGGAAAAAUAAAGCGAGCAUCAGUCCUAGAAGUAGUGCACUUGAUUCCUUAAUAUAAACUUUACUUGGAUCUUUUAAACUGUACAGACACACGUUAAUAAUGUCCUACAAAUCCAACGGGAUUAAAUUAACGAAAUGCGACUCGCAACAGUGGAAAACCGCUUCGAUGCUGGAAAACAACCCCCCCUCGGUGAAAUUUGCCGGGGAAGAAGCGAAAGAUCGACUGUACGAACCGAAACAUAAAAAGAAGCUGGUGCGGGUGUUGACUGUGGUCGCUUAUGUGUUCUUUGUGUCUUUGGCGGCGAUAAUGUUGUCGCUUUAUUACGUAUUCUUGUGGAAUGGGGAGCAACGUGGGGCUGCCAAAGUGGUGGAGAGGCAAGUGUACACUGGGAGCAGAUGCGACAGUAUUUUGACAGAAAUGCAGCGUCAUUUCAAACUGAUGGAGAGCCAACGGUUAAGUCCCGUCGCCCAGCAACCGACCACAGCCAAAACCAUCGCGGAAUACGACGAUUUUAACAAUUUCGAGCAGCUGAGAAGCGGAAAUGUCUUUUUUAAAAAACUCAUUAGUGACUAUACAUUUAAUGAUAGUGACUGAUUAAAGACUUAUUUCUAUUUAAAAUGACUAAAUUAAUGGGGGUGCAGAUGGAAAAUUCUUGACUGAGGUGGUGAGGAGAAACCCAAGAAUUUACGCUGGG